AUGUGUUGCAAUCUUGCUUGGCAAUGUGCUCAACUUUGGUUGAAGACACGGGAAGCUCUUGGGCACCCAUUAGGAUUUUCCAAGGAAAAUGAUCUCUUGUUUCAAAAUCUUCCAAAUUCCCAAUUGCAGAAGGUAUUGGAACGUCCUGGAGCAUUUGUUCUUGAGAUUGGCACUGAAGAGAUGCCUCCUCAUGAUGUAGUUGAAGCAAGUAACCAGCUUAGAAGUCUCACUGUGGAGUACCUGAAAAAAAGAAGACUGAGUUGUGGAGAAGUUUCAUCAUAUGGUACACCACGCCGACUUGUGACUGAAGAUGGCCCCUUGGUUCUUUCUAAAUUACAGUUUGCAGGUUGUGUGAAGAACCAGUACUAUACGCAGACACAAUAUGAUGAAGUGAGAAUUGAAUGGAGUGAAUUUGUGUACUCGUAUUUGAAGUGA